AUGGGCGGCCAGGGCUGGUGGAUGUCAAACCUGACGAAACGGCAGCAGAAGUAUGGCGCAAAGCUCGGGGAGAUCCUGUUUGAGGGCAACGGGGAGGAGCUGCUGCUCUUUCUGCGGAAGGUGGCGCAUCGGCCGCUGGACGAGUGCAUCAAACCGUACAUCCCAGGGGCCCAUGUGAUGCUGGAUCAAUGGGGGCGGGGGGUGCGGCUGGCGCAGCGCUCCAGUGUGGCGCCGACGGGGAUUGUGGCGCUGCCUGUGGAGCUGCUGGACGCAAUAUUCGAGACGAUUCAUGGCGUGGUGGAGCGGCUGAUGCUGGGGAUGACGUGCCAGACGCUGUGGGCCGUCGCGCGCCGACAUGUGUACACUCUCUUUGUGCAGCAGGCCGCGGAGACGUGCAACUGGGCGGGCGACCGCAUCGCGUGUCUCGGCGACUAUAUGCUGCUCCGGGAGGCGCCGGAUCAUAUACUGUCGGAGGAGGAGCGCGCGGAGAUGCGCCGGGGGAGACCGACCGGGGCGGACAACAGCGACAGCGACGAGGAGGACGGCGGCGACAGGGGCCCGAUCCCGGACUGGUGGUGGACGGAGUGCGGACAGAGAUCGUGGGUGCACCGCACGGCUGGGGCGGUGCACAACACUGUGCUCAGACACGCAAAGUACCAAGGCGACGCGAUGUGGGUCUGCGACGGCCUGCUCGACGUCGCGAUCACGUGCGACCCGCCCCUCGCGCCUCGCACCGCCGUCCUCCGCAACCUCACCCUGCAAGUGUACGUCCGCGAGGCGGCGCUCGUGGAAAUGUGCGAGCGUUUCCGCGGGUCCGACGAGCUGCGCGCCGAGUUCGACCCCCACGGGCCAGGUCUCAAGCUAUGGGACACGACGUUGGGGGACUUGCUGCACUGCCGGAUAUGCUGGAGCAGCGUGGACUCGACAGCGAUGCUCUAUGACGGCAACAUCUGCCAGGGUGUUUGGGCGGGGCACUGCUUCGAUAUCGUCGGCGGGGAAUGGCUGGGGAAAGAGGAGCAGACGGAGGGGUGGACGGAUGUCUCUGAUGAGGCGUUGGCGGAGCUCGAGGCUAUUUGGCGCUCCGAGUUCCGGCCGAGGGGAUAUUAG